AUGAACGUUUCAUCAAUUCUUGCUCGGCUCACAAUCAGAGCUAUCAAAGCUCAAAACAGUCUUCUGAAUAUGAUGUCCGCUCAUUUAUCUGAGGAACUCGCUCCCCGUGCCAGACCUGGUUGUCUACCCCGAGCAUUCUUGGUUUAUGUGAGGGCUGAUCCACUUGCUCAUAUGAAUGAGGGCUUGUAUGUAAGCCGAACAAAUAAUAGAAUUUGCAGCUUAGUUGAGAUAGGUGCCUCGUCUAUUGUUAGCCGCAAGGAGCCGCUUAAAGAUCUCUGUAAAAGAGAGAAUGAAGGACAUAAUUAG